AUGCCGACGUCGGCGGCCGCAAUGCGCAGGUCAUCGCCGGCUUCUCCAUCAAGGCGGCAUAAGCGCAAAGUUUCCGAGCUCGGUGAUGCUGCUGGUCCGUCUUCGGCCGUAGGACGCAGCAGAACCACAUCCGGGAGCCCUUUCCAGUCCGAUUACGCCCCAUCCAGUGCCACGUCCUCUCCGAUCAAACGUCAGUCUAUAGCCUCGCCAUCACGUCGCAACAGUCGCCAGACGCGCACGUUCCAGAUAGCAGAAGAGUACGACCCAGAUCAAGACGCUCCAUAUGACGAAGAUCUCGACGCCGAUGGCGAGUUCGACGAAGAAUUCGUCGAAGAAGACGCCGCAGGGCCGAGCGGCAGCGGUGAUCUGGGGCCUCGCGACCAGGGUUCAGCGAACGAUACGCCUCAAGCAUCCACCGCGACAGCGACACCGGCGAGGCAGUCGGCGCGGCCAAAACGAAGCAAUGCACCAAAUGUCUCCUACUACGACUUACAGCCGUUACCAGGCGCUUCGGACGAGGAGCAAGAAGAGGUCGUCACACCGUCCAUGAGGCGACGAAAUAAGGCUAACAAGCUACCACCUACGUCAGACGUUGAAGCUGAACUGGCUGAUGUUGUCGAAGAGCCCGCAGCUGCCACGGCGAGAUCCAGCACUAAGGACAUCAACACACCAUCUGCUUCCAGACCUUCGGCAAAGGCUCCGCGGCAACCCACACAGACCGAGUCGAUCGAGGCAAAGAAGCGCAGCGUUGCCAGGUCUGAAGAGCCGGAACUGUCAGAGGAGGCCAAACAGCAGGCCAAAGCCGAGAAAGAGGCACAUGAUCUGCAGACUCGGUGGACCGAAGAGUACUUUGAGAUCGUGGAGCAGCUACCAUUGGAACUACAUCGCACCUUCGCGUUGAUGCGAGAGCUCGAGGGUCAGAUGCAGGCACGCACAGGUACAAUGGUCGCCAACAUGACCGCCUAUCGCGACGCAAGAACGGAGAUGCAGAAGCUCAUCGACAAUCCUCACAAACGCAUCAUCUCGCAGGACGGUCAAGAGGGGCGCAAAAGUGUGAGGGGAAGCAGCGAGGAUGAGGCCGAGAACCUGCUUGGCGGGUCGCAGGGCGAGCCAGUCGAUGGAGAGCGAGCGGUAAUCGAAGAAGACACGGACCCGGAAGCCGACGACGAUUUGGACGCGGCGACGCUUCUUGACAAGGACGCUCGACGCGAACUGCUGCGCUCUAUCUCGCUGGCAGCCAACGAGUCUGUCAAAGCGGCCGAAGAAAAGAUGGGCUUGGCAGCAACGGCCUACAACGGUAUCGAUCGGCACAUUCGUCGCCUCGAUGCAGACAUUUCGAAACUCGAAAGCAGCAUCCUGCUCGGCCUGCGGACCGGCACGGAGGAGUCCAGAGGCGCGAGAGAAGCGCUCGGCUUGCCUGUCGACGAUGAUGCGAUGGCUGAAGCAGCGGAAGGCGGCGAGACAGCAGGCACGGAGGUCAGGACAGAGGCCGAAACUGCAGCGCUGACCAAAGCGGCUGGCGCUGCCAACCGCAGAGGAUCGGCGAGUGAGAAGAGGAUCACGCGGACAGCGGCCAAGCCCGCCACAUCGCCCACAGCUACCGAACAACGAGCAACACGAUCUCGCUCUCGUUCCGCCUCUGCUUCUGCCACAGCUGCCGAACGAGCAUCUCCAACAGCCGCGCGCGCAACACGUCAAAAGACCUCCUCACCAGCCCCAGCACGAUCCAGUCGCAAACGCAAACCACAACCGCUCUCCCCCCAAAAAGGCGGUCGGCGAUCCGUCGUCACCACCACACCCACCGUCAUCUCGCCCACCACCCAACUUCCGCGCGACCUGGCCACGCUCAUGGGCCCGGACGUGUCCGACAUGCCCAUCGACCCGACCGAACCCACCUACUGCUACUGCGGCCAGGUGUCGUACGACGAGAUGGUGGCGUGCGACAACGACGAUUGCACCAUCGAGUGGUUCCACUACGCGUGUGUCGGGUUGACCAGGCAGCCCAAGAAGGAGUGGUUCUGUCGUUUUUGCGCGCCCAAAGGGUGGAAGGGGGAGGGUAUGGAGGUGCCAUCCAAUGCGAUACAUAAGCCGCCUGGAUGGAAGAAGGCCACCGCGACCAAGUGA